UCACGCUUCACUUGCUUCAGUUCACUUCUCCUCCGCCCCCUCUUUCUCACUUACCAAUUUUUUCCCUGAAAAACUCCAAAAUGUUUUUUUUCAUCUCUCUCUUAAUUAAACCCUAUAUAUUCUCUUCCGUCUCUCCAAUUUCCGCCCCCCUUCUGGUUUCCGCCAUUCUUUCAAAUUGGUGAUAAAUUGUUGCUGCCCACUACAAACGCUUUGAUCUUCGAAUAAUAAUGUCUUGGCCAAAAAAACUGAGGACUGACAGAAGGUAUGAUUCAGAGCUGGAUGACUUAAAGUAUGAGUAUUACAAGGAUCUAAGAGAUGAGAAGGUCAGAAUUCAAAGUUCCCAUGGUUUUCUCUUCUGUCCGUACUGUCCAGAUAAGAGAAGGAGAGAAUAUGAGUUCCAUGAGCUCAUGAGCCAUUCUUCUCGCAUUGGCAAAUACUCGAAAAGCUCUACAUUCAAAGAGAAAGCUAAGCAUUUGGGAUUGCUUAAAUAUUUGCAAAGGCUUGAAGAUAGAGGAGAAAAAUUUUCUGAACAAAAGAGCAGGGAUCAAGAGAAAGCAGAUGUCUGCAGAGAUGCAGGGAGCAAAUCAUGGAAACUUCAGCGUUCUGGGAACUAUGGUAAAAGUGCCUACAAAAUGUGGUCUGAUAGAGAGAGUGGAGAAAUUGAUGACUUAAUUGAAGAUGUUCUGUUGCCUGAUGAAAAAAAUGAGUCAGUGAAGAAUGAUGAAAAUUUGACAUCAAAAUCACCCUCUGUAAAAUUUACUGAACCACCAUUAGUUUCUUAUUCAACUGCUGAUGAACCAUCAAUUAGCCGAGCCAAAGAUGAGCUAAUUGUUUGGCCUUUGAUGGCUGUAGUAGCAAAUAUUCCUGUUGUGUUUCAGAACGGCAAGUAUGUUGGUGAAAGCGGAUCAAGGUUAAGAGAUGAGUGGACAGCCAAAGGAUAUAACCCGCUAAGAGUACACAUGUGUUGGACUUUUCGUGGUCACACAGGAUUUGCUAUAGUUGAGUUCAAAAAGGAUUGGACAGGGUUUACAAAUGCCAUGACAUUUGAGAAAGAUUUUGAAAUUGAUCAUCAUGGGAAGAGGGAUUGGGAGAUGAAGAGGGAUAAAGGAAAUGAGCUCUAUGCUUGGGUUGCCCGUGAAGAAGAUUUCAAAUUGAAGGGUCCCAUUGGCGAAUAUCUUCGUAAAAAUGGAGAUUUGAAGACUAUUUCAGGGAAAGAAACGGAAGAUAAAAGAAAAGAUAACUUCCUAAUGAGCAACUUGGCCAAUGAAUUGGUAAUUAAAAGUCAGAAAUGUGAACAGCUGAAAAAGAAGAUCAGUAGAACGGAAGUUCUUCUAAGCAAUGUGAUGAAGCAAAAAGAAGAUAUGAUUGAAGGUUAUAAUGAAGAGAUGAAAAAGAUGCAGCAAAUUCAAAAUGCGGAGCUACAACACGUUCUGAAUGAGCACAAGAGAAGUAAUUUGCAGUUAGAAGCAAGAAAACAAGAACUUAUGAUGCGUGAAAAUGAUUUGAAGCAGCGCGAAGCGCUAACUGAAAGUGAAAAACAGAAGCUGAAUCAGCAGAAAGAAAUGAAUGAGAAAGCGAUUCAAGAGCAACAGAAUGCAGAUGAUAAACUGUUGAAAUUGGCUGAAGAUCAGAAGAAAGAAAAGGAGGCUCUUCACAAAAAAAUUAUCGAGUUGGAAUCCAAACUUGAUCAGAAACAAGCAUUGGAGUUAGAGAUAGAGCGCAUGAGGGGUGCCGUAGAGGUAAUGACACACAUGGGAGAGGUUGGUGAUACAGAGGCUGAGAAGAAAAAGAAGUUGAUUGAAGAAGAACUCCAGGAGAAGCAAGAAGAACUUGAUGCUUUGGAGACAGUGAACCAAACACUCACCAUCAAACAAAGGUUAGGCAAUGAUGAAGUGCAAGACGCACGAAAAGAGAUGAUGCAGGGUUUGAAAGAUAGUCGUGCAUUUAUUUGUGUCAAGAGAAUGGGAGAGCUUGAUGAGAAGCCAUUCCACAUUGCUGUCAAGAGAAAGUUUCCGGGCAAACAAGCAGCAGUGAAAGUCGCAGAAUUGUCCUCUCUAUGGGAAAAUCACCUUAGAGAUCCAGAUUGGCAUCCUUAUAAGGUCGUCAUGGAUGGCGAAGUAGCCAAGGAAAUACUGGACGAAAGUGACGAAAAACUGAGUGGGCUAAAGGCGGAGUAUGGAGAUGAAGUGUAUCAGGCUGUGGUUAAGGCUCUAAAUGAAGUGAAUGAAUACAAUCCUAGUGGUAGGUAUCCACUACCUGAGCUAUGGAAUGCCAAAGAAGGAAGAAGGGCAACCUUGAAGGAAGGAGUAGAGUACAUUCAUAAACUUUGGAAGCAAAACAAGCGGAAGAAAACAUUCUGAAUCUUCUCUCCCUUUCUGCUAAUGUUUUGGACAAAAUUGCUGGUUCUGGAUGAGAGACUUCAGCUGCCUUUUUGGCAAGUGCAACUUUUGGUGAUGCUUACCUUUUGCAGCAGAUGAAAUCUGUCAAACUGGGACUAAAGUUGCUAUAAUAGUUAAGAUGACAAACUAGAUGGUAACAUAAUCUUAGGAAAGACAUGGUAUUAAUUACUGAGGUAAUUUCACUUAGAAAAAAAGUGCCACAAACUGAUCUGGUAUGCUAAACAUUUGAAGAGACCGAUCACAUUUGGAACGAUUCAGUUUAAGUGGAAUGUGGAUUGUGUCUUGCUACAAUUCAAUCUUUUAUUCAAGUGAAUAGUUUUAGUAAUGUGGUGGGGGGAUUGAACAGCUAUUAAGCCUGGAUG